AUGCUGGCAGGGCCAGGAGUGCUGGGGUCCUAUCUGGGCAAGGUCUGGAUGGAGCGCUUCCCCUCAGCAAAAGUUGUGGGCCAGACAAACUCAGACACCAGCCAUGACAGGCUGCGGAAGCUCAACAUUGCACCGCGGACAAAGGACGCAGCAGGGAGCGAGCGCUUCCCCUUCGUUGUGUUUUCUGCGCCGCCCUCCGGCAGCGCGGAUUACGUCUCUGAGGUGAAGGCUGCGCUGCAGCUGUGGGACGGGGUGGGGACGUUUUUGUACACGGGGAGCGCGGGUAUCUACGCGACGGAGGACGGCUCAGAAGUUAACGAGUGCUCCGCCACUGCGCAACUCGGCAAGGACGACCGCACCGACAGACAAAUCUUGGUGGAGGAGGCUGUGUUAGACGCAGGAGGCUGCGUUGUGAGGCUGGCCGGACUCUACCAUGCACAGAGGGGGGCGCACACCUUCUUCCUGAAGAUGGCCAAGGUCGGAAGGUGGGCAGGCUACACGGUCAACCUCAUCCACUAUGAGGACGCCGCUGAGCUGGCGGCUGCGGUGCGCUUCUAUAGAGGAAGGGUGUUUUUGGGCGCGGAUGGGGUGCCUCUGACCUUUCAGGAGAUGAUGGAUGCAACCAUAGCCUCAGGGGCGUAUGAGGGGAGCGUGGAAUUCACGGGGAACGAAAGCAGCAACAAGGGGAAACUGUUAAACGCCAGCACCACACGAGGGGCCUUGCAGUGGACCCCCCGCUAUUCAUCAUACCAGGCUUUCAUGGCUGCUGGCGCCAAGGAUUGGUACACAGAGUCAGGCCUAUUUUAG